AUGGCAGUAACUUUCAUUAAAAGUUUUAAUGGAAGCACAAUUUCAGAUCGGUUCUUGACCCUAUGGGAUUAUCUUAAAGAUGAGUUGACAGCAUCAGAUUUUGAUACUUUACAAGAACUUAAAAGGGAAAGAGUAACCAACUUUUUGGCCAUACCUUUUGCUAUCGAAAAGAAAUGCGAUCUUCUCAAAGGAUUAUUGAUAAUACUCGUGUGCAUAGCAUUACAAGGGAUUGAUUCUGCUCAAAUGUAUCAUUCAAUCCGUGGUCAAUCAGUCAUUAAAUUAUACGUGAUAUUUAAUGCUCUUGAAAUACUUGAUAGAUUAUGUUGCUCGUUUGGUGGAGAUAUUCUUGAAUCUUUAUUUUCUAAAUCUACUCUUGCAAUUACACUUAACGUGGCAAUCAAUUCCUAUUCAAAUGCUUUACUGACAUUAUUAUUGUCAAAUCAAUUCAUCGAAAUUAAAGGAUCAGUAUUUAAAAGAUUUGAAAAAGAAAAUUUGUUCCAACUAAGUUGUGCUGAUAUAGUAGAACGUUUUCAACUAGCGUUAUUUUUAUCAGUAAUCACAAUUCGUAAUCUAAUCGAAUUGUCAGGUUCACCUCCAUCACCUUUUUCAAUUUUGCCAUCUUCAUUCAUCCCACUAUUUCCAAAAAUGACAACUCUCGAAACACUAUUGACUCCAGUAUUUUUUGUUUUUGCAUCUGAAAUAUGUGUUGAUUGGCUUAAGCAUGCAUUCAUCACUAAAUUUAAUCAUAUAAGACCAAGUGUUUAUGAAACUUUUAUUGAUGUAUUAUCAAAAGACUUGGUGGUUGGUAAUCCAACUAGACUUCCUCCUGGUGGAGUCAAUGACCUCGAUAAAUCAACAUUUGUUGAUCAAUCACCCAUGGUUUCACGUAGAAUUGGUUUUGCUGCAAUACCGUUAGCAUGUCUUACAAUUCGUGUAUCAAUACAAACUGUGACAAUGAUUUUUGAUUUGAUACUUGAAAUAGAAGAAGAUUCACAAAGUAGCCGUAAUCCGAUGGCCAAUGUUGCCUCAUUACCUAGUGCGGUAUGGAUUUUAUAUGGUUUAGAAAAAUUAAUUGCGAAUUUUUGUUUUGCUAGUAUGAUAUUUAUAAAAUUGCUAGUUGGUAUAAAUCUACUUUGUUUUGCUUCUAAAAGAUAUUCAAAAAUGGAAAAACGUAAUCUUGAAGAUCUUGCUAAUGCUCAAAAACUUGAAGAAAUUAACAAUUUAGAACAAGAUCAAGUGGCAUCCAGAUCAUCUCCAGUAGGAUUGUAA